AUGUCUACUACUACACUUCCCCUAUCUUUAAAGGAGUCUCUAGACAACACUAAAGUCGAGUACCGUCGACUUGGCACCAGCGGUCUAAAGAUAUCAGUCCCUAUAUUCGGAUGCAUGAGUUUUGGUGAUACCAAAGCGCAAUCAUGGGCUGUCGAUGAAGAAAAUGCUCUGCCUCUACUCAAGGCCGCCUACGACAAGGGCUUAAAUACCUGGGACACAGCUAACGUCUACUCCCAAGGCGCCAGCGAGGUUAUCGUAGGGAAAGCCAUCAAGAAAUACAACAUCCCGCGAGAGAAGGUCAUCAUCGCGACCAAGUGCUUCUGGGCCGUGGGCGAAACCCCCGACGUCCGCCAUUACUACACCGGGGAAGCGGUCAACCGGUCCAAGGACUACGUCAACCAGUACGGGCUAUCGCGGGCCGCCAUCUUCAACGCGGUGAACGCGUCCCUGAAGCGCCUGGACACCGACUACAUCGACCUGCUGCAGAUCCACCGGUUCGACCCCAACACGCCCAUCGAGGAGACCAUGAAGGCGCUCGACGACCUCGUGCAGUCGGGCAAGGUGCGGUAUAUAGGGGCCAGCUCGAUGUGGGCGGUCAACUUCGCGCGGAUGCAGUUCGUCGCGGAGAAGAACGGGUGGACCAAGUUCGUCUCGAUGCAGAACCACUACAACCUGCUGUACCGCGAGGAGGAGCGGGAGAUGAACCGGUUCUGCAACGACACGGGCGUCGGCCUGAUCCCCUGGUCGCCGCUGUGCCGCGGCCACCUCGCGCGCCCGUCCGCCGCCUUCGGCUCCACCGAGCGCAGCAAGCUCGAGAAGGACACCGCCCCCGGCUCCCACGGCACCGUCGAGCCCGACCUCACCAUCAUCAAGCGCGUCCAGGAGAUCGCCGACAAGCGCGGCUGGAAGAUGGCCCAUGUCGCUCUCGCCUGGAUCAACAAGCGAGUCGCCAGCCCCAUCGUCGGCUUCUCGAGCAUAGCCCGCAUCGACGAGGCCCUGGGUGCGAAAGACAAGGUCUUGACGGACGAGGAGGAGAAGUACUUGGAAGAGCUGUACCAGCCGAAGCAGAUUUCUGGCCAUGCUUAG